UCUGUCAUUGGUCAAUCGCUCAUCCGCCUACUUCACUGGGCGUUUCGAUCAACAGAGGAACAAGUCGGAACGCAGGAGACGAAGCGAACAGCAGAGAAAAUGGCCGACAGAUUCUCUAGAUUCAACGAAGAACGUGAUUUCCAGGGUGGAAAUCACUUUGACCAGUAUGAGGAAGGUCAGUUGGAGUUGGAACAGGCCUCUUUGGACAAGCCCAUAGAACCGGAUAACAUUGGGCACCGGCUCCUUCAGAAACAUGGCUGGAAGUUGGGUCAAGGCCUGGGCAAAACCAUGCAGGGACGAACUGACCCAGUGCCCAUCGUCCUCAAAUAUGACGUCAUGGGAAUGGGGCGAAUGGAAAUGGAGCUGGACUAUGCAGAAGAUGCCACAGAGAAGCGCCGGGUGUUGGAAAUUGAAAAAGAAGACACAGAGGAACUGCGUCAAAAAUACAAGGAUUAUGCAGAGAAGGAAAAAGCCAUUGCUAAAGCUCUAGAGGAACUGAGGGCCAACUUCUACUGUGAACUGUGUGAUAAGCAAUACCAGAAACAUCAGGAGUUUGACAAUCAUAUCAACUCCUACGAUCAUGCACACAAGCAGAGACUGAAGGAGCUGAAGCAGAGGGAGUAUGCUCGGAAUGUGUCUUCUCGUUCCAAAAAGGAUUGCAGAAAACAGGAGCGGAUGCUGCGGCGGCUUCAUGAACUGGCCGAACAGAGGAAACAGCAAGACCAUGUCCCUGGUAGUGGCCCUAUGUUUAAAACCACCACAGUGGCAGUAGAUGGAGAAAAGGGGGAAGACUCCAUGGAUGGUGUGCCUAUGACAGUGGAUACCAACACAGAGGUUAUUGAAGAUAAGGGAAUCUGUAGUGUUAGUGGUCAAGGCUCCCCUAGAACAGGCCCUACCAUCAGCUUUGGGUUUAACAAGACUAGCUCUUCUCCAACACCCUCUGGAGGCUCACAGGCUCCCAAAGUCAGUGUCUCCUUCUCUUUUGCUAAGAAAGCCCCAGUCAAACUUGAGACAGCUGCAGCUUUCUUUGCAGACCCUGGGGAAGAGACAGUGGAAGGAGAAGAAGGUCAGGAAGAGGGAGGAGAAAAGACUGGAGGAGAGGAUAUAGGUGUAGCAUCUACCACUGAUAUCCCCCAAGCAGGAGGAGGAGGAGGAGGAGGAGGUGGUGGUGGUGGAGGAGGUGGAGGAGGAGGAGGAGGAGAUGGUGGUGGGGGGGAGGGUGAAGAAGAGCAGACACAACCAGAUGAUGGAGCAGCCCUGGCCUCCACUUUGAACAAGUUGAAGAUGAUGAUGAAAAAGGAGGAAGGUUACUCUGGACAGGAGCCACAGUAUUACCAUUACGUACCUCCUGCACAUUGUCGGGUCAAGCCCCAUUUCCAAUUUCUGCUUUUCAUGAAGGCUACAGACCAGUGUGAUAGCAAGGAGGAUGAGGAUGGAGCGAAAGAUGAGAAGGCAGCAGCAGGUAAUGUUGGAGAGCAAAAACAUGUCAAAGUCAGCAGCUGCACAUCUGAAAAAGACCCUGAGAAUGAACCUGCACAGGCACAAAACUCAAAUCCCUCUCCCGCAUUAGCUAAAGUGAACACAGAGGAAGAAUCAAGUAGUACAGCUGCAGGGCAAAUUGAUACAGCAGUAGUAGUUAGCCCGAACCAACCAGCUGAUGCCAAGCAAGGGAUAUCAGAGUCUCCAGACACAGGUCCCCGCAUGCCAACUGGGCCUUUCUUUCCUGUGCUAAGUAAGGAUGAAAGCACUACCUUGCAAUGGCCUUCUGAAUUGUUGGAAUUUACUAAGGCUCAGCCAUCUCUCUCCUACAGUUGUAAUCCUCUUUACUUUGACUUCAAACUGUCAAGAAACAAAGGAAACUGGGCAAGCAAAAACAGCAAACCUGCCAAGGUCGUUAGCACUGAUGGACAAGAGGGGUCUAAGCCUGAAAACACAGACAGGACUCCUGACACUAGUGGAGAGACUUGCACUACUACAUCGGUUGCAGGACCCAGUACUGUUCAAAAAGAACAAUCUUUAUUGAAAGGGGAGGGUGCUGAAAGCGAGAACAAUGAGCAGAAAUUACAAAGUAAUGAAGAUGUGUCUGCAGGGUCUAAGAAAAAGAAAAAGAAGAAGAAACACAAGAAGUCAAGCAAGCAUUCCAAACGUAAAGAAAAAGCAGCAGUGGAGGGGGAGUUGGAGAAUGAGACACCAGGAGAGAAAGCAAAAAAGAAAAAGAAACAUAAAAGAAAGAAAAGCAAAAAUAAACCACGUGGCACUGAUGAAAUAGAAGCAGAGGGAGGUGGCAUUAAGGAAAAGGAGAAAGACAAGGAUGACAAAGAUGGAGUAUCCACUGCUCAGUCAUCAGGAGUAAGCACAUCCCUUGAGGGAGGAAAGAGAAAACGGUCCCACAAAUUGUCUCAGUUGUCUGGAGUUGAGGAAGGCAGUGCAGGAAAACCUAGCUCUAAAGAGGAACACAAUGGUACUAAACGUCUUAAAUCUGACACCAAUGCACCUGCUGCCUCCUGCUCUGCCUCAGCCCAAAAGAGCUUAAGUGGAGGUCGACCUCCAAGCAGUGACAGUGAGGAGGAUGGAGGAUCAUCCUCUCAACGUUCUCGACCAGCUCGCCGUCGUUCCACACCACCACGUGAGCAGCGCAGACACCGCAGUGAUGAUUCUGGACGUUCACGCAGUAGGUCGUCUCGUCGAGGAGACCACAACCAUAGACGCCACAGAGGACAAAAGUCACGCAGUCGAUCCUACUCAAGUAGCUCAGAGCGUUCCUCAGCAGGGAGCAGUGCUUACAGCCGCCGUAGCCAUAGCUACUCAGACAGCUACAGUGACUACAGUGAUGAAGAACGUCGCCACAGAUCAAGAAUACCCUCCUCAGACUCAGACUAUGAGAGGCGUGAUAGUGGGCGAUCUCACAGGCGACAUUACUCCUCAUCUUCUUCAGAGGAAGACUCGCGUUCACGUUCACGCUCACAUAGCCGCAGGAAACAUCAUCGGCGGAGACACCAACGGAGCAGUAGUCGCAGCUCCAGUCGUAGUAGUAGGAGUAGCAGCGCCCGUUCCUACAGACGCAGUAGCUACAGUCGCAGCCGUAGCUCUGCCAGUCGUUCAUCUAGCUCCACCAAGGGCUCUCCACAUCGACAUGGUCACAGCCGGCGAUCUGACAGCUCAACACGGCGACGGGAUUUCAACCGAUCACGAAUCUACCGUUCCCAGUCUCCUAGGUCUUCUUCCCGCACACAAUCCCGAAACAGCAAUUCUUCAUCUGUACAAGGAACUAGAGGUGGUGGUGGAGCUUCCUCAAAGGAGGGUGGAGGUGCUGCAGAACAUCGAAAUUCAUUCACAGCUCGACAACUCUUGGAGAAAAUCCAAUCUAGAAAAGGAGGAGAUGAAUCUGGUACUGGCACUAAGACGGGCAUCAAGAUCAAGGACCCUCCACAGGGAUACUUUGGGCCCAAGCUCCCCCCUGCCCUUGGAAACAAAAGUAUGUUGUCUCUAUUUGGCAAGCUCCAAGCAGGAAAGAAGCCACCAUUACUUCCUCUUACACGUUUAACCGAGAGUGAAAAGUGCGAACAGGGGAAAAAUUCCGAUAGUAAUGAAGUGAUCCUGGUAGAACCCAUUCGUGAGUUUCCCCCACCACCUCCUCCACCUCAGCCACCAGUUCAACAACAGCAACAACAACAAAAGCAGCAAUUGGAGGAGGCUGUAUCAAAUGCUGCAGUGCCCGAGGAGACUAGACAUCCACCCUCAGACCCUCCAGCCCUUCAUGAGUCUCAGCCACAAUAUGAGCAGGAUCCAGCAAUGAUGAUGUCACAAUACCAAGGUGAGCCAAGACAAGACCCCAGUAACCCCAUGUUGGACGGGCAUCUUAUGGGCCCCGAGAUGGGACCGCAGCCUUCUAUGCAUGCCUACCCUGGUUACCCCCCUCCCACAAUGGAGGAUGGGGACAUGGGCAUGGAAGCUGAAGAGGAUGGUCUUGCACCUUUAGAAAGUCAACCAAUCACCUUUACCCCAGAGGAAAUGGAGAAAUACAGCAAGUUGCAGCAAGCAGCUCAACAGCACAUUCAACAGCAACUGUUGGCCAAGCAGGUGAAGAGCUUCCCCUCAGCUGCAGCUGCUGCAGCGGCAGCUAACUUGGCAGCAGCGGCUAACCUUGCCCCUGCACCGCCGCCACCACCAGCUGCACUGCAGCCUAUCCACAUCCAGCAACCUACAGUUUCUGCAGCUUCUGCUACCUCUAUUACCACAGUGCAGCACGCCAUCCUGCAGCACCACGCUGCUGCCAUGGGCCUUCAUCCCCAUAACCCACAUCAUCCCCACCAUGCCCAGCUAGCCCAGGUGCACCACAUACCUCAACAUCAUCUAACUCCUAUCUCCUUGUCACCACUGGGCCAUUCUUUGGGCCAUUCACUGGGUCACUCAUUAGGACACACUGGCCUGAUUCCAGCCCACCACACUGCCUUCCUUUCAGGCCAGCCCAUACAUAUUAUACCAGCCUCUGCCCUUCAUCACACCCCUCUUGCUCUACACCACAUCCCCCAUGCUGCCCUCUACCCAACGCUUUUCGCCCCUCGGCCAGCCUCUGCUGCGGCAGCGGCUGCCCUACAGCUACACCCACUUCUGCAUCCUAUCUUCUCAGGGCAGGACCUUCAGCACCCUCCAAACCAUGGCUCCUGAAAGUCCGGCUUCUCUCAAAGAGAAGGCCUGGCCAAGCAGCGUGUAAAGCUGAAGAGUUUUAGCUAAUGGGUGUCUCAGUCCAGUGACCCAUAGUCCUCCUCUGUCCUCUACGUCCUCUGCUACCUUAGGGUGACCUCAACAAGGCUGUUUAGGGGUGCAUUUAAAUUGAGGACAGAAUAAGAUCUUGUCUGCCUUUUGAGAUUGCAAUGUUAAGAAAUUGUAUGUCCUGAACCAGGAGCUAGGUUGGUUGGUUAAGGUAUGUAACACAAGGAGAAUGAGUUGGUUUAUAGGCCAAGACAUGGAUCUUACAACUAGGAAACCACUGGCGUAUUGUUUCAUUUUGUAUGGUAUGUCAAAUUUUUGUUUUUUUUCCUGACGUGUUUCUUGUAUCCAGAAGCUCACUUGCUGAAGCCAUAAUCAAGAUCUUUGUUGUGGGCUUUUAGCAUGGUUGUAUACAGUUGAUAAUGGGUGGUCUUUAAGGGUCACUUUUGGAGAUUUUGUUUUUCUGCAUACUAAGCAUUCAUGAAAGUUGCAGAGUUUAAGAAUUAACACAUUGUAUGAAUAUGCAAAGAUACUUAAGCCUGCUAUUUAAAAACCAGGCUGUGAUAAACUGAUUGGUUUGCUGUAGGAUUAUCAUAUUUGGUCAUUUUCAGCACACCAAUCAUCAAAAACCAUUGUACUAUACUCUGAUCAAAGGGUAUCACGAAACAUGAACAAGAUGAUUAAAAUAAAAGCCAUACUCAGCACUCAACAGUGUUAAGCUAUUUUUGCUGAUUGGUUGUAAAUCAAUAUAAAUGAUCUGAAAAUAGUGGACGAAACAGACAUCACACAUGUUGAUGUCAAAAGUUUUUAUAAUGUCACAGGCAGUUGAAACUGUAUAACAAGUUACACUUUGGGAUUUGAAGAUUCCCAUCCCUUAUUGAAAUUGUGAAAUCUUGCACUGAAAAAUGUACAUUGAGAUGCUGUUUUUGCAUCUUGUAACAACUGUAUGAUUGUAGUAUUCUGCAAUAAUUUUAUUUUCUAUUUGAUUUUAAAUUAUUUUUUUUUGUUUUUGGAAAAUGUUUUCUUUCUGUACAAUUAGUUAAAUGUAAAUAAGUUAACGUAGUGAAACUGUAAAAUAAAGGUUUGUAACACCCAUUUAAAAUGCUAAUAAAAUAUAAUGAAAUUAAAAAUGGGGGAAAAAAGCAUAUGUAAACAUGAAUCAGGGCUGGUACUACAGGGGUCAGGAGUGUGUUUGGACAGUGGAGGGGACAGAAUGUGGCAACUUUUGGUGACGUACUGUAAAUGGCAGCAAUGACAUUAGCUUUUUUUUAUUCCUCCUUGAUGCAUCAGCAAAUAAAAAACUUUGACUUGUAA